AUGCCAGUCAAUACAGUAGAGCAAGUAGACUGAUUUGCUUGUCAAAAAAGUUAUCCAAAGAGCUAUGUCCAGUACCUGGAUAAAAGUAGCAUGAAUUCUGGUAAAAACAAAGAGGGCACAACAAGUUUGGGCCAGAAAUUGCCCUUCUGCUUCAAUUGCAUGCCUAACUCCAAUAUGAAGAAAUCUUUCAGAGGACAUCUAGAAGUCCCUGGAAUCUCAGACGACAUUCUUGAAAGAUCAUUUGAUUCUAAGGAUACAUCAGGUACGAUGAUUAACUUGAGAAGAGGUUAGAUAACUCUCCAAUUUUUAGAGUUACUAUUACUGUAUCAAUUUCUACCCAUUGACUUCCUGCUUA